AUGGCUCGUUUCAUGGUCCUGAUCUCUGUCCUGGGCCUGGCCAAUUUGUCGUUGACUGCAUCACUUACCAGCCCCCGAUCAUUACAGCCCCUUGUUGCGCUCGACUAUGCGGCCUACCAGGGUAUCGCAGCAAACAACGGCAUCACGCACUUUUACGGCAUGAGGUAUGCCGCUGCCCCGGUCGGCCAAUUGCGUUGGCGACCUCCUCAGGACCCGCCUGCUAUUGCUGGUACACAAUCUGCUGCCGAGUUCAAGGCAGUUUGUGUAGGUGUCGGCCAGACGACCGGCACCUCGCCUUUGGGAGGCGUUACGCUGGACGAAGACUGCUUGUACAUCAGCGUGACUACUCCAUCCAACGCCACCAGCACUUCCAAGCUACCUGUGCUGUUCUACUUCUCUGGUGGCGGUUUUGCACAGCUGAACUCUAUCAACUACAACUUUGACGACUUUGUUGUGCAGUCUCAGCAGAGUGUCGUCGUUGUGCAGUUCAAUUACCGUGUUGGUGCUUUGGGAUUUCUCGCGGGUGAUGAGGUUAAAGCUGGCGGAUCUUUGAACGCCGGACUUCUCGACCAACGCAAGGCGCUCCGAUGGGUUCAAAAAUACAUCAGCAAAUUCGGAGGUGACCCACAACACGUUGUUCUGUUCGGAGGGUCCGCUGGUGCAGGUUCCGUGGGUCUGCACCUAAGUGCCUACGGAGGUAGAGACGAUGGCCUUUUUGUUGGGGCGAUUGGAGAUGCCUACUUCUAUCCGACAGUCAACCACGCCACUUACCAAGAGAUUCAGUUCCGCAACUUUUCGUCGACUCUCGGAUGCGACACAAGCCUGGACCAGUUGGCCUGCCUUCGGAACGUGGACAUUUCGAAAUUGCAGACAGCCAACAUUCCCCUGACGUACCCUGGAGAGUUUUUGGCCGCGGAGUAUAUCUGGACCCCUGUCGUUGAUGGCGUCUUCGUACAGGGAAAUCCACUGGGUCUCUACCAACAAAGUAAAUUCGUCAAAGUUCCCCUGAUAUCUGGCGACGUUACGGACGAGGGCACGCUCUUCACCCCCAAAACCAUCUCAAGCGCUGCUGGCGUCACCAGUUUCGUCGCAGCAAACUAUCCAGAUCUAUCUUCGAGCGACCUCGCGCAGGUGAACACCCUCUACCUGCCACCUUCAUCGAGUUAUUACCAUGCAGCAGCGGCAGCAUAUGGCGACGCUACUUUUACGUGCCCGGGCAACCUCAUCGCCACCUACGCCUCUCAGGUUGCGCCAGUCUGGAGGUACCAGUUCAACCAAUCCAGCGCCGUCACGAGAGCUUUUGAUUACGGUGUCCCGCAUAAUAUCGAUCUUGGAGCAAUUUUCGGUCCCAACGUGGGGCCAUACACCGGCCUCUUCGACCUCAUCGACACGGUGACCAAUGCGCUCAGCUUCGGCAGUUUUGCAAACGAGAAUGCUGCGGUGUCCGCGAUCAUGAUGAACUAUAUCAUCUCGUUCACAAAGACCCUCGACCCGAACCCGCUCAAAGCCUCGCAAGCGCCUACUUGGACUCAAUUUGCAGCUGGUGGUCACUUUCAGCAGAUUGUUGUUCAGAACCAAGGGUCUUCGGUACAGGCAGUCACCUCUACAACCUCUACUCGCUGUUCAUUCUGGGCUUCGGUGCUGGCCGAAACACGGCAGUAG